AUGUCAAGGCUACUUCCAAAUUUCAAAGGAUUCACAUUUGCACAUCUGAGUUUGACCUCAGUCCCAGCUUUCAAGAGCGACAGCUUGGAAGAACUCAACCUCGGUGAUAAUAAAAUCACGAAUGUGGAGUUCCACAAAUGGGCAACUCCAAAAUUGAGGGUCCUCAAGCUCUACAGCAAUUCCUUGACGUCGGUCCCAGCCUUCCAGAGCGACAGCCUAGAAGAAAUAGAUCUCGAAUUGAAUAACAUGUUGGAUAUGGAGUUCGACAAAUUGCCAAAUCCCAAAUUUUGGUUCCAGAGUUUCCCCAGCAGUUCCUUGACGUCAGUACCAGCCUUCAAGAGCGAUAGCCUGGAAGAACUCUACCUCGGUAAUAAUAAAAUAACGAAUUUGGAGUUCGACAAAUGGGCAACUCCCAAAUUGAGGAUCCUGAGUCUCCCCAGCAAUUCCUUGACGUCAGUACCAGCCUUCAAGAGCGACACCCUGGAAGAAUUCGACCUCUCUGAGAAUAAAAUCACGAAUGCGGAGUUCGACAAAUGGGCAACUCCCAAACUGAGGAAAGUCUCGCUCAAUGGAAAUUCCUUGACGUCAGUCCCAGCUUUCAAGAGCGACAGCCUGGAAGAACUCGACCUCUCUGAGAAUAAAAUCACGAAGGUGGAGUUCGACAAAUGGGCAACUCCCAAACUGAGGAAACUCUCGCUCAAUGGAAAUUCCUUGACCUCAGUCCCAGCCUUCAAGUGCGACAGCGUGCAAGUAGGGACGACCGGCUGUGGACCACCUCCUCGCAUCAAAUACGGACGCUACAUUGUUCUCUCAUGCUCCAAUGAUAAGCGGAGUUCAGAAAAUGGAACAGAAUGCAUCCAAGAUGGGAAAUACCUCGUCGGAAGUAAAGUGAACUACAAAUGUAUGCCGUAUUUCAUUCUACGGGGUCCACGUGUUCGGACAUGCAGAGUGAAUGAAACAUGGACUGGCCCUGACCCGCUCUGUGAACCUGGUCUGUUUUUAUUGAGAAUUCGAUGGAAUGAUAUAUAUAACUUGUACAACGACGGAAUUACUGGUGGGUUCUCCUGCGCUCUAGACUGCGGACGAAACGAAAACCCGGUAGCAUUCGCCACACGAUUGGCUAGUGGAGGAAAGGUAGCAGUACCAGAGGAGUGGCCCUGGCAAACGGCCAUCUACGAUGACGAUGCGGACGUGAAAGAUAUCAUUUGUGGAGGAGCUCUGAUUGGAAGGCAAUGGGUUCUCACGGCAGCACAUUGCGUCGCGGACGACGACGGUACUAUCCGAAAUGUGGAUGAUUUCUUUGUCUAUCUCGGGAAGCAAUUUCGAAAUAUCUCUAUGGACGAUGAUCUCGUGCAAAGAAUGAAGGUGACGCAGAUCAUCGUGCAUGACAAAUACACCGGCUGGGAGUCGGACAUUGCCCUUUUGAAACUCCACGAUUCAGCUAAUCUCACGAAACGGGUGCAAUUGAUAUGUCUGCCGUCCCAUGAUGAACUGUCAGAUCAAUUUCUGGAUGGUGGAGGAGAUAACUUUGGCUCUUCACACCGAGGUUAUAUGCCUUCCCUCGCUGUUCUGCGAGGCAACACCCCCAUCCGCAUCGCUCAUUGCAGCGAACGUUCACCUGGGAUUGGGGAAGAGGUAUAUUUGAUCGUUUGUCGGCCCUUGCGACCUAGACGAGACGGAUGUCCGCCCCCGUCCAUGAAGUUAAUGGCGAAGCUUCCUCGUGUCAUUGAAGACCAAUAA